UCUGCAACGCAGAUUAAUUCCUGCACAACCUUUGGUGACGUUUUUCUCAAAACAGAAUAGAAGACGACAACACAGCUGAUGAGAUCUGUGCCAAAAUUAGAACAGAUUAUUAUUUCUUUGUUCUGGGAGUUUUAAAUUUGUGGUUCUACGGAAAGAGGUGGUAUGAGGGAGUGGUUGAUGUGUACGGGCCGGUGUGAGCAGCUAGUGAUCCAAUGCUAAGACAGCCCCCUCAGUCCUCUGAUGGCAAACUGCCAGUGUUUGUGUUUCCUUCAUCAUUGAACUUUUACUCUGAUGAUCAAUCCUCUCACAAGCAGGUGUUAACCCUGUACAACCCUUACGAGUUUCCACUCAAAUUCAAAGUUUUAUGCACUUCUCCGAGAAAGUACACAGUGGUUGAUUCUGAAGGAACUAUAAGACCACAUUGCUGUGUGGACAUUGUUGUUCGCCAUUUAGACAUCUGUAUCAACAAUGAAGGAGUGAAAGACAAACUACGCAUUCAAGUCUUUGAGCAUGGCACCAAGAAAGUUAUUGGUAAAAAAGACAUUGUGGCAGUGCUGCUACCUAAAAAAGAACCCUCCCAACAACCUGAGGACAAUUUCCAUUCACUGACUGCAUCUGCUUCACAAGAACCCCAAGGGACACCCAGUAGAGCUAUAAGACAGGAGGGGAGAGGGGGGGGAGGAGGUCCCAGUCUGAUUGUGAUUUUUACUGCUGUGUUUGUUGUUUUAGCUAUAAGACAGGAGGGGAGGGGAGGAGGUCCCAGUCUGAUUGUGAUGUUUACUGCUGUGUUUGUUGUUUUAGCUAUAAGACAGGAGGGGAGAGGGGGAGGAGGAGGAGGCCCAAGUCUGAUUGUAAUUUGUACUGCUGUUUCCUGUAUCCUGGCCCUAAUGCUGCCUUUGAGUGGUGACACAGAGAGCAGGUUACCAGAUUAUCUUCACCUGACAGUGAACCAGAAAAUGAUUGCAGCAUAUAUUCUAGGUCUUGUCACCAUGGUCAUUUUACAUGUAUGACCCACCUACCAGUGUACUAACAUGUAAAGUUCUAUAGUAAGGUCUACCAGACCACUGAUCAAGAAAAAAAUAACUGCUUAAUAUUCCGUAUGUGUAACAGUUGAUUAAGAAAUAGAAAUAAAGCUUAUUUCUUAGCAGUGCCCUGUAUGUUUAACAGAAUCUGUUUGCCAGCACAACUUAAUGCUUUGUUUUGCCUUAUUUCACAUAUCAUAACUUAUGAUCCCAUGAUAUUAUGUAAUACACAGAAAGACAAAUUAUUUUGGAGGGGAGAAAUAAUCAGUCCAUAAUCAUUAUUUGUAGAUAUGUUUGUAUAGAAUAUUCACUGUGCUUAUGUUUUAUCAUAGUUGUGUAGAACAAGAAUUACCUCAUGUUUACUUCAUGUACAGAGUCAGGUCAUCUGUGUUUUAAAUAAUUUAUUUGUAGAUAACUUCUUAUUUGUAUGUAUUGCAAAGCAAUGUGUAAAGUUUGCAUUUGAAUUUUUUAAAAACAAUCAUCUCUCUCAUACAUGUACCUGUCAACAACAGCUUCAGAAAUUGAUAACCUUUAUUGAGUUGUACUAUAAAAUGUAUAGGUCAAAAUUGCCUUGUUUGGAAGAAUGAGUUGUGUUUCUAGGAUAGAUAUAUGUAUUUUAAGCAUUUCAUAUUUGUAUUUCUCGUGCAUAAAAGGAUUUUUUGUAUUUGAUCACUUACCGGUAAGCAAAAUGUAUUGAGUAGCAUUUAAAUAUGAUGUGUGCAAUAAAAAAACAAUGUGAAACAAAAACA